GUUUCAGGAGGUUCGCUGGACUGCCAGGGCCUGAACCAACCACAGGUUAAUGCAACUUCACUGGAAUGGCGUGGCCUGGGCCAAACACAGGCCCGGGCCGUGCCAGCUUCGCUGUUGGAGGGGCCAUGUCUCGCCACAGGCUCCUGUCGGCGGGCCCCCGGUCGGCUCACGGCGACGUGGUCCGACUUCCUGGAGCGACCCCUCGGCCCGCGGCGUAGUCGACUGCCGACGGCGCUUGAGCAGGGCUGGAUCGAUUGGGCCAAGUCAAACCCACUGAUGAUGCUCGGCCUCGUGACGCCCAUCUUCUCCAUCGCCGGGGCAGCCAUCACCGGAGUGGCCGGCAUGUUCGCUGCCAGCGCCGUCGCCAGCGAGGCGGCUCCGGCCGAAGAGGCGGCUGGUGGUGAUGAUGGCGGCGACUGGGACACUGAAGGCAUGUUCGGAGACUUCGAUCUCGGUGACUGGGGAGGCGACGACGACUAG